AUGGCAGACACUCAUCCAGAACGCAGCUGGGGUGAGGAACCUGGUCUGGUCAAGGUCUUACAUUGGUACAAGCUAUUCGAAUCGACCACACCACCCCGACUCGGCAUGGAUAUCGAAAAUCGUCUACCUUUGACAGCACUCACUGCAUUCUCUGUUGGUCUCGGUGUCGGCGCAAACCACGGAGCUCGAAAAGCCGCGUACCAAUUUCGAGCGGAAAACGCCCACAGAUUCCCGACGACCUCCACCGGAUGGUUCCAAUAUCACAAGACGAAGAACUACAAGGCCAUCGUUGGUGGUGUUUUUGAUGGAGUCAGAUUGGGGACUAGAUUAGGUGUUGGAGCGAUGGCUUUUGUCCUGUUUGAAGAGACUGUGGAUUGUGCUCGUCAUGACCGUCGAGAUUUUCUCUCAACUGUCAUUGCUGGGUUGUCAUUUUCGGGAAUUUAUAGCUUGCUAGCUCGUCACGAUAUCUACACUGCGGCGCGCACGACGAAACUGGGACUAAAGCUGAGCUUGGUGUACGGAUUGACUCAGGAUGCUCUCGCUACAAUGAAGGGCAAUCGUCCUCCGUACAUUCGAUAUCUGUUCGGACCGGGCGCUUCCAAUGACUCCAAGGUUGUGUGA